AUGAAGGAAACUGAAGAAACACUCCCGCACACUAACAGAAUGGACAUCAUCAGAGCCGAUAAUCGUAGCGAAAAGCCGUUCUCGGCGAAGAUGAAGAAACAUUUCGCACAAGAAGUAAGCACAGAUCAUGCUGAUAUUCUCAUGUUGGUCUGCUGUCUCAUCACUGGAUUCUUGGAUAGUACACUGUAUAAUGCAUUCAAGACUUUCGUGUCUAUGCAAACCGGCAACACAAUCUUCGUAGCUCUCGGUGCAUCAGGACAAAACAAUCGACCUUUUGGCUGGGCACGAUCGCUCGUUUCUAUCGGCUUCUUUUGCAUCGGCUCCUUUAUCUUCUCACGAUCCCAUCGGUUCUUCGGUCCCCUUCAACGAAGUACACUCAUUGGGUCAUUUUUGCUCCAGAGUUGUUGUAUCUUGCUGGCAGCUAGUCUAGUUCAAAGCGACGUUAUUGAGGGAACCGUACCAGCGGGAUUGGAGAAUUAUUGGAAUCAGAUUGCUCCGAUUGCUUUACUGAGUUUUCAAUCAGCCGGUCAAAUCGUCUCUUCUCGCGUUCUAGGCGUAGGAGAAGUCCCUACCAUCGUCAUCACCUCACUCCUCUGCGAUCUUCUAUCCGAUCCUCUUCUCUUCAGUCCCGUAACACAGAAUUCGAAGAGAAAUAAUAGAGCAGUGGCUUUUGUGUUGACGGUUGUAGGUGCGAUUGUUGGGGGCUGGGUCAGUAAGGUUACCAAGAGUGUGAGUCCCAUGCUUUGGGUGGCUGGUGGUUGUAAAAUUUGCUUAACGCUGGGCUGGGGGUUCUGGAAGGGGCGUGCAUAG